CGCGUUGAUUUGCUUAGCUGGUUGGACCACGUAUACACAUGCGUUUUAUUGUCAAUUUGGGUGAAAUAGACAAGCCGCGUCACGAUUUUGAUGAGGAAAACAAGAGAUUCUUUUGUUCUCUUUCCAGAUCGUCAUUUUAAUCUACAGAAAACCUCUUUGUCGGUCAGGACACAGAUACGGUUUCCAUCGGUAGACCGGUGAUUAGGAUUUAUUUCGUACUUGGCUUUCGUUGUCGUAAGUGCAAGAUCAGGGUAAAGAUUGAAGGAUGCGGUUGUUGUUGAGUGUGGUGUUAGUUUACACCUGCACUAAGUCUAUUGUCUGCCCACCUGUCACCCCACCCAAGCCAGUAGAAGGGGGGUCAGAAGCUGAUAAGAAUUAUGAUACGGGCCUGGAGUAUGACAAGUAUCUACGAGAAGUUGUUCAAGUAUUAGAACAGGAUGAAGAGUUUAGAAAAAAGCUGGAGCAGUCCAAUGCCACUGAUGUAAAGAGUGGCAACAUUGCUCAUCAGUUGGAGUUUGUAUCCCAUCAAGUCAGAGAAAAGUUGGAUGAGCUUAAAAGGAGAGAAUUACAUCGUCUGCGUGAAUUGGUCCGCGACCAAAUAAAACAGAAUGGUACGGAAGUAUUUCUUGCGAUUAUUCGUGGAGGAGGUAUCGACAACCUGAAUGGACAGGCUCCAGCCCACAUUGAUGUUCGCAAUCCCCAUAGUUUUGAGGUUGAUGAUUUAAAGAAACUUAUAACAAAGACAACAUCUGACUUGGAUGAAAUAGACCAGAAGAGGCGACAGCGAUUCAAAGAGUAUGAAAUGCAGAAGCAGCAUGAGCGAAAUGAACAGCUGGAGCAUAUGACCGAGGAAGAGAAGAAGAAAGCUAAGCAGGAAUGGGAGGAGCAGCAGAAGAAACACAAGGAACAUCCUAAAGUGCACCACCCUGGUAGUAAAGCUCAGUUUGAGGAAGUAUGGGAGGAAGAUGACCAUUUAGACAAAAGAGAUUUUGACCCUAAAACAUUCUUCAAGCUCCAUGACUUGGAUAAUGACGGUAUGUGGUAUGAAGAUGAAGUCCGGGCUCUGUUUCAGAAGGAGCUGGACAAAGUGUAUGAUGAGAAUGCUUCAGAGGAUGACAUGAUGGAGCGUUAUGAGGAGAUGAACAGAAUGAGAGAACACCUGGUCAAUGAGGUGGAUGUCAACAAGGACAAGAUUAUCAGCUUUCAGGAGUACAUGGAUUAUGUCAAUGGACAGAACUUUGACAAGGAUGAAGGAUGGGAUACUCUGGAUGAGGAGCCACAGUUCACAGAUGAGGAGUUAGAGGAGUACGAGAGGUUGAUGAACGAAGAACGAGAAAAGUUAGGAAACGUUCUGGAUGGUCAUGCUCAGCCUGGAGAGAUCAAUGUACCACAUGAACAGCCCCAGGUUGUCCACAUGCAGCAACCAAAUGCACCAGUGGACCAUCAACAACAGCAACAAUUCCAGCAACAGCAGCAACAACAGCAGCAAUUUCAACAGCAGCAACAUCUAGACCAACAACAACAGCAGCUAAACCAACAACAGCUAAAUCAACAACAGCAGCUAAACCAACAACAGCAGCAACAACAGCUAAACCAACAGCAACAGCUAAACCAACAGCAACAGCUAAACCAACAACAACAGCUAAACCAACAACAGCAGCUAAACCAACAGCAACAUCUAAACCAACAACAGCAAGUUAACCAACAGCCACCAGUAAACCAACCUCCACAAGUAAACCAACAAGUACCACUACAAGCCCAACAGGUCAAUCAAAAUCAGCAAGCUCAGGUUCCUCAAGGUCAAGUUCCUCAAGGUCAGGUUCCACAAGGUCAGGUUCCUGUUGUCAACCAAGCUUAGAUCUCCUAUACGUCAGAAUGGUGCUUUAAAGUGGAUAAAUGUUGAAAUGAUAUUUCUAUGUUUAAAGUUAGCCUGAAAAUGAAUGAAUAACGUUUCUUGUUAUCAGUAUAUAUUACUGUGUGGGUGUUGAAAAGUCUCUUGCAUCUUUUACGGUAAAAUCAAAAGAACUGUUUUAUGCCUUCUUUGCUUUGUGAACCCAUUUGUGAUUGUUUUCAAUUGAUGAUUACAAUUUAUGUGAUUCACUGUUUUCUCUCACUUGGAAUAGGUAAUGGACAGUAAUGUUGUAGUUAGUAUUUGUUUGGUAAUUAUUACAGGAAUAUCUGCUUGUCUAACUUCCUUAAAUAUUUCUGUCAAAAAAUAAUAAGAAAAUGGAAUUUAGUACAGAGUAGUUUGAAAGAAGACAUGAAAACUUUCUGUCUACCUUUUUUUAUUGUUGUCCUUUUGUUGAGUAUAUAAUGGGUAGGACUUUUUACUUGUCUUAAAAAAUUUUUUUAUGUUAGGUGAUGGGAUAUUUAUAGUUGUAAAUCAUUUUAUAAACUUUCAUACCUUGACAAUGCACAGGUUGUGUUUUGGAUUUGUUCUUGUGGAUUACAUGUGUCUGUUUACCAGAAAUGCUGAUGAACAUGCUGUGAAUAUUAUUCUGUUGUGUACAUUCAUUCCACAGAUAUAUCAAGAUGUUUUGUCUGUUGUUCGGCUGUAAAAUUUCCUGUUUACUUGUACAUUGGUGGUGAAUGUGUAUACAGUAUGGCUGUGACUGACUGUGUGUAUGUGUUGGUCAGUGAACGAGUGUAAAACUACUGAAAAAGGUGGCUGGACUGGCAUUAGACCCUUUAACAUAUGGUUGUAAACCGGGGUCUCAUUGCUAUUAAUCUCCAUUUGUAACUUACUGUAUAUAUUUUUCGGUGUUCAAGAUAAAACACAAUGUUUUGUGCUUCCUGCUUGAUGCUUUGCGUAGCAGUUCUGUGAAAACUGUUCUAAAUUCUGCUCUGGCUGCUUUUGCUUUAUUGAAACUGGACAAUUGAAAACAUAACGUCAUUGGUAACGUGUUAUUUUCACAUCAGCAGUUUGUCUAGUCAGUCAUUUGUGUAGCAUUGGUAUAAUUAUCAUGGGGGCCAGUUGGUCAAAAAUGUAUUAAAGUCAAGCUUAAAUCUAAAUACCACUCUGAAAUCUCAUGCAUAGCAAAUACAACGUUGUCUAGACUAAAAUGAAAACAAGACUUGAAUUUUAAUACACGUUUGAGGAACCAAGCCCAGGACAUUUCUUAGCAUUUAUAACAUUUUUUAAUUUGCUGAGAGUUUACAUGCCAGCUUCUUUUGUAGUGCUACCGGUUCACUUGAAAACUUCUUUGUAGGUUCGUUAACCUUGUUACUUAAUAAUAAUUUGAAUAGUUUUACAUUUAAUGGUAUAUAAGUUUUAUUUUAUUUAGUUUUCACUGUCUGGUGUGAGUUCAUUUGAUACCGGUAUGUAGAAAUGUUCAGUUGAGUGUAAAUUGAUCAGACAGCAGACCGUAGCGCGAUAAAUUAUGAUGACGAAAUACGACUUGAGAGGAGCUGGAUCUCAUACAAUUGUCCAAACAAUGUGUAAGAAAACUCCAGUCAAGCAAAAUGGCAUGUUUUGAUACUCAGCAUUAUUUGUAGGAAACUAAUGAAUUAAACUGCUGAUUUGAACUCUGAGGUCACAAAGAUUGAUGGGCGAACACUAUGUUUAUACCGACUGAAAAUUGUAGCUCAUAACAUGACGAAUGUGAUGGAUCAGCAGUUCUAAUUUUACAUGCCUCUAAUUAAAAUGUGUUUGUACCGUUUUACAAUUUGAAGUCAAUUGAUGACAAGUCUGCACAUCUUCUGUCUCUGGUAUUUUUAAACACAAACUCUUUUGCUUGUGUCUGGACAAUCUGAACGACAUGAAAUUAACCCAGACGGAAAUCAUGUUAUUGCAUGUACAACAAUAUACUGCCAUAUUCAAGAUGUGUACUCGUGUGUUAAAAAGGUGAAUUUUGUACCGGAUCACGCAGAGGGUAUACAGUUUGUUUCUUUCAGGAACUGUUGUCAAAAAUAUGUACAGAAAUAGGGACCUAUACAUAAACUGCAUGGACUACUGAGAGAUGUCAGUGUUAUACAUGCUGAACUCUGCCUCAAUAAACUGCAUGACUUUAA